GGCUGUUUUCCUGAAGCUCCUCAGUGAGCUCGACGGGAUCAAGAAUGCAGCCCUCCUGAUCAUUGGGGUGGACCUCAACGGCCGGGUCCCGCCGAACUACAUGGGAGUGACUGGGUCGGUGGAACUAGGCGAGCCGGAUUAUGCGGGUUGGGCCUUUGUGGAUACCCUCGCCAACCUUGGGGCCUGGAUACCAUCCACGUACGAGAGCGUCCACAGUGGGGACAGCGAGACCUACCGGCACCCGUCAGCUACAGCCCACCGGAUCGACUUUAUUGCCCUGGGUGGACGAGCGACGCUGGGGGACACAGACAGUUGGGUCAACCCACAGUUCGACAACGGCAGCCCCAACGUGGACCACCACAUGCUGCAGGUGAAAUGCAGCGGCGCCAUUGACAACAAUCGAGAGGGGCGUCGUCUAUGGCGCCCACGAUACGACCGGGACAGGAUGGCAACCCAAGAGGGGCGAACGGCCCUGCAUGAAGCGCUCUGUGCCUAUGAGCACCCUGGCUGGGAGGUCCCGGCAGACCAGCACUGCCAGAGACUCCAGACCUUUUUGGCCGACACCCUGGAGACCCUCUUCCCGGCCGAGAAGCAUGCGAGCCGCGCUUCCUACAUCCCUGACAUUGUCUGGGACUUGCGCAGAGCCAAGAACCACUUCAAGGCCCGAGUCCGUCACCGGCGACAGAUGUGGCAGGACGCUGUCAGCCGAGCCUUCCGCCAGUGGCACCGCGAGGAGGACUACGAUGUUGACUACCUCGUGGCGAGGGAGGGCCUGAUGUACAAUCUGGCAGCGGCUGCAAUCAAUACUGCGACCAGCCGCAUCAAGAAGAUUCUCAACGUGGCCAAGAACGACAGCAUGCGGAAGAUCGCCACUGAGGGUCACCAGGGAGUGAUCCAGCAAGAGCGGGAUGACAUCUGGCUCAACUACUUCGGCGAGCAGGAAAUGGGCGAGAGGCUGGAGGUGGCCAACUUCAUUGAGGCCUACAAGAAUAGCGGCACCCCCUCCAUUGUCGAGAACUACCGCAGCCUCUUCAUCUCCUCCUUCUUGGGCAAGUCGUACCACAAGACGCUGCGGACCCUCAUCGGACCGGAGAUUGAACAACUGCUGCACCCUCUUCACUGUGGAACCCGACAGUCGACCCCGGUCGCCUUCCCUGGGAUCUACGUGCUGGCGGCCUUGCGCAAGUUGGCACGGGACGGCAGGAGCUGUGCCACCCUCUACGUCGACACCAAGGCUGCAUAUUAUAAAGUCGUCAGAGACCUCGCGACUGGUUGCAUCGACAGCGACGCCCAGGUGAUCUCUCUUUUCCGUGCCUUCGGACUGGACGACGAAGACCUCCAUGACAUGAUGGCGACCAUUCGUCGGGGAGGUAUGAUUGCGGCAGCCGGCGUGAACAGCCAGCUGAGACACGCCAUCAAGGACCUCCACCCGCGCACUUGGUUUGUCACCACCUACCACGGUGGCGGGGCCCUGUGCUGGUCGAAGGCUGGCUCACGUCCUGGGGAAUCCUUCGCGGACGUCAUCUACGCGUUCAUCUACAGCCGGGUCUUAUACCGAGUACAUGAGCACCUGGUGGCGGAGGAGCUGAACUUCACGGUCGAGUGGGAGGCUGAUGCUGGAGUCUUCCCAACGGGUCAGGGCGGCACAACAGAGCAAGCCUGGGAAGCCACUUGGGCUGAUGAUUCGGCAUAUGUUGUCGAAGACGAGUGCCCGAACAGGCUGGUCGCAAAGGCCCGCAGAGUCGGCGCCCUUGUGCUCAGCGUCCUCACCUCGCACGGCAUGCAGCCGAAUCUGCGGCCUGGUAAAACCAGCUUCAUGGUGCAGCUCAGGGGACCAGGUUCGACUACGACAAGGAGGAAAUACUUCAACAGAGGAAAGGCUGCCCUGACCAUCCCAGACUUGGCGCUGGAGAUCCCCACUGUAUGCCAGUACCGACACCUGGGCGGCGUCAUCGACCUGAAGAUGACCUUCAAGCCGGAGGUUAGGCACCGGCUUGCAGUGGCAUCGCAAGCCUAUGAGUCGGCCAAGAAGCUCCUCCUGCACAAUAAGGACCUCGAGCUGCCCACCCGAGUCGCCCUCUUCGAGAUCACCGUAGCCACCUCCUACUUUAACCUGGCCCUCUGGAAGCCGUCUGGACCAGCAUGGACGAGCCUAUGUGCAGGACACGCUAGACUCGUCAGGAAGCUCCUCACCCGGAAUGUGGACCACGCCCUCCUCUUCAAAGUCCCCCUGCCGUUGAUCAUGUGGGUUACUAAAUGCCUGCCUAUCGACCUGCUCGCGAAGACACAAAGGCUUAGCCUGCUUGUCUCGCUUGUGCAGGCUGCCCCAGGGCUCCUCUGGGGUGUGCUUCAGGAGGAGAAAGACUGGAUGGCAACGGUCAGAGAGGACCUACGAUGGGCGACAAGCGGCCGUGAAAAGCACUGGCCGAUGCUUGGAGUGCAGGCGUGGCCAGACUGGUGGCGAGUCCUCCACGACUCCCCACAGAGGCUGAAACGCCUUGUGAAGUGCAGGCUCGUGGAGGAGCAAGAGGCCCGCAUCAUCCCCGAGGCGACCGAACUGUGCUUGUGGGCCAUGGCUCGCACACUACGGGAGACAGCGGAGCAUGUUGGACGAACUGUGGUGUGGCAAUGCCGACAAUGCAAGGUGGGCUUUGACACAAAGGCGAGCCUCAGCGUCCACUACUUCAAGAAGCAUGGGCGGGUCGCUAUGUACAGGCUCUUCACCCAAGGGACAAAGUGCCGUGCUUGUGGAACGGAAUGCUGGUCGGAGGGGAGACUAGCUGCACACCUACGAGCGGCUCCACUAUGUGUUGGAGCCCUUCAAGCAGCAGGAUGUCGAGCUGAUCGCCUAGCUCCAGGCUUUGGUAGCCGCGUCAGACGUAAGUCUGACGUCGAGCAGUACACUCCCGCGGCCACGGAGCGAGACGAAAGCGGAGGGCUGCCCGGAGUGGCACCGACUUGGCACCCCAGCGUGGUCGAGGCCUACAACGAGAUCUGCGAUAUCAUCCAGGACGAGCUCGCCCUGCCCUAC